GUUAGUGAUGGGUUUAUCUUCUAAGUUCCAACAAUAUAGUGAGUUAAUUUAGGAUAAACCGAAAAAAAAGUUAAUCUUUGCUAUUUAUCAUGAAUACAUGAUCUUUAACUUAUUUUCUUUAAUUAAUUAAUUAAUAAAACAACCACAAUCAUUAAUCUUAAUCAUGAUCUAUAUAUACACACACUCCUUUCACCAGAUAUUUAUCCACUUUUGAUUUUCAAACAACACACAGCAAUAAUCAAUCAAUCAAUCAUUCAUUCAUUCAUCAAUGGCGAAACACGAAGAUCUCCCCGUUCCACUUUACUCCAAACUUGAUGAAGUUUACGGUGAUGGAUCACAACUCGAAGAAGCUCAACUUCGUAUCUCUCUUCUCAACUCCAAAUUCGAGCAGUUAUUCGGUCAUCCUCCUCAAAUCUAUGCUCGUGCUCCAGGAAGAGUGAAUUUGAUUGGGGAGCACAUUGACUAUGAGGGGUAUUCGGUGUUACCCAUGGCAAUUAGGCAAGACACGAUAGUAGCUAUUCGGAAAAGGGACGCAGGGGAAUCUGAAAAGUUUCUUACGAUUGCAAAUGUUAAUGACAAGUACACUGUGUGUACCUAUCCUGUCGAUCCUGACCAGGAGAUUGACCUGAAGAAUCAUCGAUGGGGCCAUUAUUUUAUUUGUGGAUACAAAGGCUUCUAUGAAUAUUUUGUAUGUUGCAGAUACAAAGGCUUCUAUGAAUAUGCUAAAUCACGAGGGCUUGAUCUCGGUUCACCAGUAGGGCUUGAUGUUAUGAUUGAUGGAACAGUUCCUACGGGGUCUGGGCUAUCAAGCUCUGCAGCAUUUGUGUGUUCUUCUACAAUUGCCAUAAUGGCUGCCCACAAUGUCAAUCUUCCCAAGAAAGAACUUGCUCAACUUACAUGUGAGUGUGAAAGACACAUUGGGACACAAUCUGGUGGAAUGGACCAGGCCAUAUCCAUUAUGGCGAAAACUGGGUUUGCUGAGCUCAUAGAUUUCAACCCGAUUCGUGCAACAGAUGUGCAACUUCCAGCUGGCAGUUCUUUCGUGAUAGCUCAUUCAUUGGCUGAAUCUCAGAAGGCAGUAACUGCAGCUACCAACUAUAAUAAUCGGGUUGUUGAGUGCCGUUUAGCUUCUAUUGUACUUGGUAUAAAACUUGGAAUGGAGCCGGAAGAGGCGAUAUCGAAAGUGAAAACACUUUCAGAUGUAGAAGGUUUAUGUGUAUCCUUUGCAGGCACUCGUGGGUCUUCUGACCCGACCCUCGCUGUUAAGGAAUAUCUUAAAGAAGAACCAUAUACAGCUGAAGAAAUCGAGAAAAUCACUUCUAAAAGCUUGGCUCUGAUAUUCGCUGACUCAGCUUCUUCACUGGAUGUGCUAAAAGCUGCUAAACAUUACAAGUUAUUCCAGAGAGCCUCUCAUGUGUACUCUGAAGCGAAGCGUGUAUAUGCUUUCAAGGAUGCUGUAUCAUCAAAUUCUAAUGAGGAGGAGAAGCUGAAAAAACUUGGCGACCUUAUGAAUGAGAGCCACCAUAGUUGCAGUGUUUUAUUUGAGUGCAGUUGUCCUGAACUGGAAGAAUUGGUUAAAGUUUGCAAAGACAAUGGGGCGCUUGGAGCUAGGCUUACUGGAGCCGGAUGGGGUGGAUGUGCGGUUGCUUUGGUCAAAGAGAACAUCGUCCCGCAAUUCAUUCUAAAUUUAAAGGAGCAAUUCUAUGAUUCUAGGAUUGAGAGUGGAAUAAUCAACAAGUGUGAUCUUGGUCUCUAUGUGUUUGCUUCAAAGCCUUCUAGUGGAGCAGCCAUAUUUAAAUUUUAAUUUCAAUCUUUUUCAUCUUAUUGGUAUAGUGUGUGUUCCCAGUUAAGUUAUUUUCUUUUUUUCGUAUAGUAAUUUGUUUAAUUCGAUGUAAGAACCUAAAUACGCGCCAAACAUUCUGCAAAUUAUGUAUGUCAUGUCUUUAUCAGUGUCUGUUUUGUGACAUUUAAAAGAAUCUGAGCAAACAUGACUAGAUUUUAGUUUUUGGUUA